AUGACGCUUGAUGAUCCGAGGGCUUUCCGCUUCGACUUCCGAUCCGAACUCGAGCAGGUCGUCCCUGGGGAAGGUCCCGAUUUUUCUUCAGGAAAUCAAGACGAAACGGCCCGUGGACUCGCCGAAUCGAUCGACCGGGUCAGGAGGGUCUUCGACCCGCAGAGACCGAAAGAGGAGAAGCAUUCCGCUGCUCAACGAGGGACCCCCGCAGUCACUCGAAGCAGUGGAGGACGAAAGAUGAUCCAGGAGGCAAUUCUCCUGGAGGAGGUCCACCGCACGAAACCUGCAACAGAUGUGGACUACGUCACAGAUGCGGACCGCGAAGCAGACGCCGAGAACACCUGGAGCAAGUCGCUCGUCGAGUUUUUGUCUGGCAAGGAGAGGGUGAGGUUCGCAUCAUCUGAGCAUGUGAGUCUCAGUCCGACUGAUUACGCGGUUGGCCGAUUCCGUGAAGAACCAGACAAACCAACUGGGAGCGCGUUCCACCUCAAGAAAUGA